AGAGGCGGCGGGUGGGGCGACGCACCUAAAAGGCCUAUAGAUCCUUCUGCUCCAGCCCUGCUGGGGUCCACUCCUCGCUUACUUACCCUUUAGGAUCCUUGGUGUCUUUGGUGCCGCCUCUGUCUCGCUCUGAUCUGCGUGAGAGUCGUAGGCAGGACUCAGGAAGACCCCGGAAACCCAGAGAUGGACUCAGUGGCCUUUGAGGAUGUGGUUGUGACCUUCACCCUGGAGGAGUGGGUCUUACUGAAUCCUUCACAGAAGAAACUCUAUAGAGAUGUGAUGCGGGAAACCAUCAGGAGCCUGGCCUCAGUGGGGAAGAAAUGGGAAAAACAUGACACCAAAGAUCAGCACAAAAACCAUGGGAGAACACUAAGAAGUCAUAUGAUAGACAAAAUCUAUGCAACGAAAGAGAGUAGUCAAUGUGGAGAAAACUUCAGUGUUAUUUCAAAUCUCAAUCUGAACAAGAAAACUCUUUCUGAAAUAAAACCAUGGGAAAAUCAUGUGUGUGGUAAAGGCUUCAUGCAGCAGUCAUCUCAUAAUAGGCAUAUAAAAUGUCACAGCGGACACAAGCCGCGUGAGUAUCUGAUAUGUGAGGACAAGCCCUAUAAAUGUAAGGGAUGUGGGAGAGCCUUUAGUUUUUCAACUUCGCUUCAAAUUCAUGAAAGAUCCCACCCUGGACAGGAACCCUAUUAUUGUAAACGAUGUGAAAAAGCUUAUAGAUAUCAUGAAACCCCUAAAACACAUGAAAGGACUCACAAAGGAGAGAAGCCCUAUGAAUGUAAAGAAUGUGGAAAAGCCUACACAUCUUAUCAAGGUCUUCAGUCACAUGAAAGGACUCACACAGGAGUGAAAUCCUAUAAAUGUAAACAAUGUGGUAAAGUCUUUAGAUAUCAUAAAACUUUAAAAACACAUGAAAGGUCUCACACAGGAGAGAAACCCUAUGGAUGUAAAAAAUGUAAUAAAGACUUCAAUUCUCUCCAUUCUCUUCAAAGACACGAAAGAAGCCAUACUGGGGAAAAGACCUAUAAAUGUAAGGAAUGUGGGAAGGCCUUUAGUGCUCUCUCAAGCCUUCGAGUACACAUGAUCACUCACACAGGAGAAGGACCUUAUAAAUGUAAGAAAUGUGAGAAAGCAUUUAUUUUUUCCAGCUCAUUUCAAAGACAUGAAAGGACUCACAGUGGAGAGAAACUCUAUGAAUGUAAAGAAUGUGGUAAAGCCUUCAGAGUUUACAUUUCCCUCCAAACACAUGAAAGAAGUCAUACUGGGGAGAAACCCUCGGUAUGUAAACAAUUUGGAAAAACCUUGAGUUCUUUGAAUUCUCUUCAAAUACAUGAAACCAUCCACACCGGAGAGAAAAACUAUCAGUGUAAACAAUGUGCAAAAGCCUUCAGAUAUUAUCUAAGUUUGAAAGCACAUGAAAGGACUCAUAAAGGAGAGAAAUCCUAUGUGUGUAAAGAAUGUGGAAAAGCCUUCACACGUCAUCAAGAUCUUCAGUCACAUAAAAGGAUUCACACAGGAGUGAAACUAUACGAGUGUAAACAAUGUGGUAAAGCCUUCAAGUCUCAUCUCUGUUUCCAAAUACAUGAAAGAAAUCACAGUGUAGAAAAACCUUUCGAAUGUAAACAGUGUGGUAAAGCCUUCAGUUCAGCCAGUCAUCUUCGAAGACAUGAAAGAAAUCACUCUGGAGAGAAACCUCACAAAUGUCAAAAAUGUAGUAAAUCAUUUAUUUCACCCAGUGAUCUUCAAAGACACGAAAACAUUCACACUGGAGAAAAACCCUAUGAAUGUAAACAAUGUGGAAAAGCCUACAGACAUCAUAGUUCUUUACAAACACAUGAAAGAAUUCAUUCUCGAGAUCAACCCUAUGAAUGUAAGGAAUGUGGAAAAGCAUUCAGAUACUCUUCUAGUUUUCGAAAACAUAAAAGGACUCACACUGGAGAGAAACCCUAUAAAUGUAAAAAAUGUAAUAAAGCCUUCAGGUAUCCCAGUGAUCUUCGAAAACAUGAAAUAACUCACAUUCAAGAGAAGCCUUAUGAAUGUAAGGAGUGUGGAAAAGCCUUCAGAGUUCAGAGUUCCUUACAAACACAUGAAAGAACUCACACUGGAGAGAAACCCUAUGAAUGUAAAAAAUGUAGGAAAGCAUUCAGGUGUUCCACUUCUCUUCGAAUACAUGAAAGGACUCACACUGGAGAGAAACCCUAUGAAUGUAAACAAUGUGGUAAAGCCUACACAGAUCACAAAUUCUUCCAAGCACACAAACGAACGCAUACUGGAGAGAAACCCUACGAAUGUAAGCAAUGUGCUAAAGCAUUUAUUUGUCGUAGUUAUCUUCGAAGACAUGAAAGAACUCACGUGGAGGGAAACCCUGUAAAUAUAAAGCAUGUAGUGUAGCAUUCAGGUGUCUAGGUUAUCUUAAAAAACAUGAAAAAUUACACAAGAGAGGACCCCAGUGAAUUGUAAACAAUGCAUUAAGCCUACAGAUAAGUUUCUUACAAACACACGAAAGGCCUCACAGCAAAGAUCCUUUGAAUAACAAGCAAUGUGGUAAAGCUUUCGGUUCUCAUCUAGGUUUCCAAAUACACAACACAAAUCAUACUGGGAGGAAACCCUAUGAAUGUAAAAAAUGUAGUAAAGCAUUUAGGUGUCCCAGUUACCUUUGGAUACAUGAAAAAAAAAAAAAACUCAUGUCAGAGAGAACUAUGAAUGUAACAUUGUAGUAAAGCCUUCAUUUUUCACACAACCAUUUGAAGACUCAUGAGAACAUGCACUAUGGAGACACUAUAUGAGUGUUCAUGAUGUGAGGAAACCUUUAUCAUCCCAGUUGGUUUUUCUGAAGGCACGAAGUGACUAUUGGAUUUGAAUGUAAACAAGUAAAAACUGCCACCAAAAACAAAUAUAAUGCAAGUAACAGGAGAAAGCUUGGUGGUAAUUAAACCACAUGUAAUGUUCCAGAAAACUUUCAACAUGGAAGAGUUGCUAUUAAAGUUGUAAAUAUCUUGUAUUUAUUAAGCCUCUUUCUGAAAGUACAUUACUGGAAUGUGUAUUUCUACUACUAAUUUUCAGAAAUGAAUACUGAGGUAAGAUUAUUCUGAGUCAUCUUUCAACAAUAUGUAAGAUUAAUAGGUAAUGCUUUUCCUCAAAAUUGUGAAUGUUUUCUCUUUCCCCCCCAUUUUGAAGCCUAUUGUAUCCAUGGGUCAGUUGAAGUAUAUUUGUAAUACGCAAUUAGGUUUAACUUUUUGAUGUUUUUUUUUCUUUCUUUCAUAAUGUUUUCUUUGUUCUGUGUUAGGGGCCAUGAAAAAUGAAAGUUUGAUGUUUGGAAUUGUCCUACUAUCCUUGCAACAGUACCUGGAUAUCUCUGAUUGUAUAUAUCCUAUCUCUCUAGCAAAAGCUUUUUGCGGGGGUUGGGGGGGAGUGAUAGGUAUAAGAGCCUUUUCCAAUUUUUAUACUAAAAAACAUUUGGAGUAAAUUUUUAUGUAUGGCAAGUUUAUGAAAGAACAUAGUUUGAUAUUCAUUAUUCAUUUUGUAUUUGGGCCUUUGCUUUUUGUCCUUCCUUUCAAUUGUAUUUGGUGAUAGACUUUAAGAAGAGAGAUCUGUCAUAGAAUAAAACUAGACUAGGAGAUAUCCUGCCUUAUUGGUAAGAGAAGGAACUAGAUUUUCCAGAAUCCAUCUCCUUUAUGGUUGCAUCUUAGAAUUCACCAGUAGCCUCACUUGUAUGAGAUUUGGAAGGGAGAAAUGAAGAACAUGUUAGUCAGAUUUUGUGAUCACCAUACUGAGAAAGAGACAGAUGUAUAGGAACUUUGAGGACAGUCUUUCUCCAAUUUUCCAGAGUCUUUGCCUUUCCAAUCGAGACUGUUCUCAGAACUACCACCAACUGUUCGAUUUCCAUUUUCUUAUUGGUAUAGGUUUCCACUGAUACUUUGACAAAAUCCAUAUUAAAGUUCCAUCAAAAUGUGGAUUUUUCUGUAAGCCUUCUUGUGUGCACCAGGAAAUUAACUCAGACUUUCCUGCUUGAGAGUAUUCUCUGAUUCCCCUCUUCUCUGGAUUAUACCCAUAGAGGGUCUAAUUUGUAAAAGAAACAGUUUUAUGCUGUUAGUGGUGCUAAUGAGUAUGUUUUCCUGAUUAAUCACGACAUCUGCAGUGGUGCCAUCAAAAAGAAUGACAUAGGUGUUCUUUUUUCCUCUCCUGCAUAGUAUACUGGCCGCCUUGACCCAGUCAUUUCAUGUAAGAAUAAGUGCCUUCCUUCCGUCAGGAAGAAAGAAGGUGUUUCUUAUUACUUGUAGCUGAAUGUAAUCCUGCAAUGUGUUUUCAGUUGUUUGGUUGCAUGUAUUUAAAUGUAUGUGCAUUUUUCUAACAAA